CAGUGCCUGAUUACAUACCUGCGAUUGGAGCUGUCAUAAUUGUGUUGUGCUCUUUUUUAAAAAAAAUAUAUAUUUAUAAAUAAAUAAAUAAUAUAGUUUUGCAAAUAAUUACUGUGAUCAGUUUUCAUAUCUUCUUGAUGUAAAUUUUCACAUCAAUUUUACAUUCCUCAUUGAUUGUUAUUUUAUAACGGAGAAUUUAAAGGACAUCCUGGUUUACACUGACACAUGAGAAAAUAUGAUUACAAUGAAUACUGAUCCUUUUGACUUUCAUUUGUCUCAUGUUCUACAUUCAUAUGUUGUGGUAUAAAACAAUCAAGCAGUCAAUGUAAAAGUGAUUGACAAGUGGUUAAAAAUGGGCGGCUGCUGGAGAAUAAAUUCCAUUCCAUGUCUCCGGCUUUCUACGCACCACCCGCCCACAAAUCUCUCUCAGUAAACAAUGGAAAUUAAUUCCUCUGAGGAUUUCGCAUAACAGUGUUAAUACGACAAUUGUAAAAGAAAAAAAAAAUGAGGUUCAAUAAGCAAGAAUUACUAACACUUGCUACUCAGCCAUCACAAAAAUUCGAAAAGGAAGGAAUUUUGUACGUUCGUGAACGACAGGAAGGAUUUUUUCGAAGAACAGAAAGUACAAGUAAAAAACUAGAGAGCAAAAGACAAAAAGGAAAUACACAUAAGACCCUUCGAGACUUCAGUUGCGUUACAGCCAGCACAAGUAAAGUAAGUCUAGAACGCUGGUGCAGACUGAGAGGGAAUUUGUUAUUUUAUUUUAAAUCAAGAGAACAAUGGUCAGAACCCCUGGGAGUUAUUAUUUUGGAGCAAUGUUCUGUUCGAGUGGACCAAGCGACCAAUCAGAUUCCUUAUGGAUUUAGUAUAGUGUUCGAUGGUGGUUUAUAUCAACAGUUAGGCGCCAACUCGUCGGAAGAUAGAGACAGUUGGUUACAAGCUCUUCAAUUAGCGAGCUACGAUCAUAUGAGAAGUCAGUUAUUAUCUUUAAGGCAGAGAAUUGAAGCUUGUAGUGGACACAAAUACGACACAGACAUUCAAAUGUUACGCUUGCAACGCGGAAUCAUUACAGAUCAUUUUACAGAUCCUGCGGAGAUUCCAAUUUGUGAAAUUUCUCUAGCUUGUGAUAAUCUUCUUUGCGAUGGACAUGGUAGACCGCCUAAUCCUGUUUUGGAAUUGGAUAUUCAAACGAAUCAAUCGAAAAUGUGGAUCAAAUAUGCCAGGACAGAAGUUGUUGAGAGAAGUAGCAAUCCGGGGUUCCUGACAACUGUGUGUUUUAGAGCGAGUGAUAGUUUAAAUAUGGACAGCAGGGUUAGAAUAACAGCUUUUGAUGUGAGAGAAAGAGUUAGUCAGACUGCAACACCUAUUGGAAGUGCAGUUAUGAUGUUUAGUACCAUUCAGGAUACACCAAGACUGAGAAUUCCUUUAAAAUCAGCUAAAGCGACAACUGUUGGAUUUUUAACAAUAAACGUUUGGAAUUUAGAGGCGGAGGAUAAAGGAAACAGUACUGAAAGCACUCCUUCUAAACAUGUUUUAACAACUAACAAUCAGAUAAUGUGCCAUAGAAGAUCACAGUCAUUACCUCCUAGAUUAGGGACAAAAAUUAAACUUCCUCAUCAGGGUCAAUUGAAACUUUUAUUCGCUAAUCCCCAUAUACAGACUUAUAGAUUUCAUUCUGGAUUGGGUGGUGAUAUUUGUGUUCACGAAAUAAUGGCAGAAAGUAAACUUUGUUUCCAAUUUCCACAACAAUUACUUGGAAUUUGGAUACAAGAAGAAAAGGAACUUUUACAGGAAGUCGCAGGUAUGGGAGAAUUAAGAGAACCCUGGCACACGAAACAAGUUGAACUUCUCGAUCGUCAUUUACAACUUUUAAAUUUAUACUCUCAGGCUAAGGAAAAUUUAGCAGCAUUUAAAGGAAGUUAUUUUAAACAAUCGUCAAGAAGAAAUGAUAGGUCUUUGGAAUUUGCUCCUCUUAAUUUACAUCUUCAACGAAUGUGGGUGCACAACGAUACUCUCAAUAAAUGCGGAUUUUACGACACUAUUAGCGUUGGAGCAUUUACAGCACACUCUCAUAAAAGCAAAAAUGGUGGUCUUAUAAGAUUAGUACAAGCUUUAAAAGAAUCGCCAACCCGUUGCAGUCAAUUAUAUCAAGGAACAUCAAAAAUCACAAUGGCUCAUGACGCAAUUCAAGCAAUUAAACAAUUACGACGAGACGUUGUAGAAGCAAUGCGAUCAUUAAUGAAAUUAGCUAAAGAUAAACAAACAAGUGGAAUGCUACCAAUUUGUGAAGAUAUGAUUUCAAAAACACGAAUUCUUCUCAGCCUUUGGGAUCCGGGUCUUGUUGAGGAGGCAUUAACAUUUCUCGAUGAGCAUAAAGUUGCCAAAGUUCAAGACGAUUUAAAUAAUGACGAUCCUCUAUCUCUAGAUUUUAAAUCAAGUCAAAAUCUCUCGCCUUUCAGAAGAAUUACACAACAAUUGAAUUUUGAUCUUCGUAGUCCUGAUUUUGAUGAUUUCGUCACACCCGAUACACCGGAAUGUGUGCAAGAUAUUUGGGCACGUGAAUCAACAAAAAAUAAAUAUACAACAUUUACCGCAAAAAAUGAGAUUAACAACAAAAAAGAAACGCAAGUCGAGGAAAAUUUUGUCAUAUUCCCUGAAGUGGAUGAUGAUCCAAAAGAAUCAGAAUCAAAGGAUAUUGUGACAAAUAAUUUGGAAUUGAGAAAUAACGAUAAAGUGGAUAAAAAAGAUGAUGAUAAUAAUAUUGAUGAUGAUGACGACGAUGAUGAUGAUGAUGAUGAUGAUGAGAAAGGCGAUAUUGAUAAAAAUGAUAUUGAUCUUAGUAAAAAAUUUCUAGAUACACAAAAAAUGUGCAAUUCACCAUCGGCAAAUUAUUAUAAACCCACCGAUGAACCAGAACCAUGGGAUAUAACACAAUUGAAUAUUGAGGCAAGUGUCAUGUGUCUUGUUUCAAAAGUGAAAUUUCUUUGUGGACGUUGCAGUAGUCCGGCUGUGAGACUUAGAAAUAAAAAUGGAAUUGGUAAAACUCCAAGUAUCAAAGGAUGCUUGCCAAAUAAUCGCAAUAAUUUAGGUGUUGUUACAAUUCAACCAAAGAAUGGAAUUAAAAAUGAUGAGGCAAGCAAAUUAUUGGACAAUACAAAUAAUUCAAAUCGACAGCAAAAUAGUUCUGGAACUGAAAUAACCACGCCUGCAUUUGCUAAAGCCAAAGAAGCAAUUGAUGUGCAAGUUGCCUAUUUAUUAGGAACAAGUGAUAUUUAUUCUAAUGCGUCUUCCGAUAAAGUAUGUCAAGCCGUGGAUUCAAUGACAAGAGUCAUUAAAAGCAAUUCUAGCCAGAGAAAUAAAUUCACUGAGGGAUUAGAUUUUGCAAGUAUUGUUGAUUGGACCAGUGAAUUAAGACCGAGUAUGAAAAAAUUACGACAAGCAAUGGAUGGACUUUUGAAAACUGCUCGACUCACACAUUCUGUUUUUCGUGUUCAAGAAGAUGCAAAAAGUGCACAUCGUGUCUGUAAUGUUCGAUACAGAAGAGACGUGUGUUUCAGUCAAGCUCUAACGGCUUUAGUUUCUGGAUUGAUGGCAAAACUUUGGUGUCAGAGACCUGAUCCAAUGUUUCUAUUAAUUCUGACAACACUCGGUCCUCUCGUUUCAUUUGAGGCAUUAUUAAGUUAUUACGGUGAGGAAAUCGAUAAAUGGGGUGAUAUGGCAGUUGCAGUUGAAGAUAUGCACACUGUUACAUUUACCUUUACAAGAAGUGGAAUUCAUCCCAGAAUGGAUCGAAAAGCAAAAAAUUCAAUGCAAUUACCAAUACCGCGAGUUGUUGGUUCUCGCACAGCACUGACAGUUCUUCUUCCGGUUCCCGAUGCCAUAUAUUCUUUACUUCCUAUUGUUCCGUCAUCGAGACAAAGUUUAUCAUUUAAUGUAACGCCAGUCUUCUUUAAUAUUGGCAUUAAUGAAAUGGCUUCAUUGGCAGAAAGUCUUGGCACAACAAAACCACAAGAAAAAAGCAAUACUGACAAUUUUGAUAGACUUAAUGAAUAUUAUUUACGUUUUAAGAAAUUAAAUUUACCAACUGAACCUUCUUCCACGAGAAUGGGAACUCGUUCGCCUUUGAAUCAGACUUUAGCUGAUAUGAUGGCGAAUUUGAAAUCUUGCAUUCAGGCGAAAGUUAAUAAAAAUGUAAAUGUUUUACAAUUGUCUUCCCAAAUAUGUCGCCGUAUGCGUGGACUGAGAUUUACUAGUUGCAAAAGUGCCAAAGAUCGUACGGGUAUGUCGAUCACCUUAGAGCAGGUCAAUAUUCUUGCUGCUGAAUAUCAUUUAGCAGAACAUGAAUUUAUGAGAGCGCUCGAAUGUAUGCGAAGUGAGGGAUGUCGCCGAGAAAAUACAUGGAAAAAUAUUGGUGUGAGAAAAUACGCUUUCAAUAGUCUUCAAAUCCUCACGCUUCCAAAACUCUAUCGACCUCCAAUUGGAACUUAUGGAUCAGCGCAGACUUAAAGUUGAAAAAAAAACCAGGAAAUUCUUGUCCAUUUGUACAAAUUAGUUAUAUAUAAUUAUACAUAUAUUCUUCCCAGGAAACAAGGUAGACCAAUUUUACUUAAAAGUAGCAAAUCAGUGGUCUUUCAAGGUGCUAAUAUUCUCUUAAUUGUCUAUUUUUCUUAACUCAAUUGAAUUAAGAACUAUUAACUCGAAUUUGAAAAGUUCUUCAUGUAAAGAAAAAAAAAAAUGUACAGUGCCAUCAUUUCCAGAAAUGUUUCAUUGCAAUUUUUUUGAGACUUUAGAUUUUAAGAAAAUUUUUCUUAUUUAGUCAUGUAAAUAUGAAAUUGUACAUUUAUUAUUAUUUUUUUUUUUGUAAUAUUGUUUAUUAUUUAUUGAAAUUAUACAUUUUUUUUGGAAAAUUUAAGGAGACUUGAAUCGGAUGAAUGUAAUCUCAUAAUAGAUAACGGUUUUACAAAAGCGAGGGAAAAAAUUCAUUAAGAAAUUUAUUUUCCAGCUUUUUAUAAAUCAUUAUUUAAUUUCAGAUAUUGACAAAUGGUUCAAUUAUUAAUUUUUGUAUUAUAUAAUAAUUUUAGUUUUGAGAGCUUUCUUCAUGGGAUUUUGAUUUUAUGAAUGUAAAAAUAUGGAAGUAGAGGGGCUUCAAUUAUUUUCACUUGCGAGUAGAAGUUCCUGAAAUAUUAAUUUGGACCAUAAUUAACAAUCUAUAAAGUAUACACAAAUAUAUAAAUAUAUAAAAUAUAUUAUCGAAAAACAAAUUCUUAGAUUUUGAAAAGAACAAAAAAAAAAACUAUCAACUAGAAUUUCCUUUGUAUAUCUUUAUACUGAAUAGAAAAAUUCAUUUUUAUCCAAGAGAUUUGAUUGUAAAAUUUUUCAAUUUUAAUAGAAUCUAACAAAUCUAUACAAGUUUUUACAUAAAAUAUAUAGGUACAUUUAAAAAAUAAAAUUGUCACUUUUUAGACUUGUAUAUCGACACUUAGAAAUAAAUCAAUCGAAUUUAAUAAAUAAAAAAACAAACAAACAAAAUAUUGGAUAAAUGUGAGAUUUUCUAACUAUAAAUAUGAAUAAAUAAUUAAUCGUACUUUAUUUACAAAGUAAUCGCAUAAAAGGAAUUCGAAAAUAUCAAUUCUGUAUUUAAAAAAGGAAACUAGCAUACAAUAAUCAAUCUACGCAGAUGACUCGAAAGCUGCCGUAAUAAUUACAAUUUCUGAAAAAUAAAUGUUUAAAUAGGAAUAA